CCGAGGCCGGGCGCGCAUGCGCGCUGCGUCACUUUGGGGCCUGUGAAGCCGGGCUGUAAAUUACUGCCCGCUUGCCACCAGAGGCAGCGUCCGCGAACAACCCGGCCCGGCCUUCCGCCUCCUUCUCUUCGCACCGAAUUUCCAGAGAGCCGGCGGGGCCAUGGCGGAGAGGAGCGAGGUGCAGUCUGCCAAUGCUCCCGGCCACCACCCCCACCGCGGGCAGCAUCAGCAGACGCCACCGCCCAGCCUGGUGCGGAUGGUGAAGUCGGUGAUCCCCGUGCUGCCCUGCACCACUGUCUCCACAGUCCUGCUCGGAUGGAUCAUGUUCUACCUGACCUGCAGGUACAAGAUGUUCAAUGAGCACACCUUCACCCUGGGGCACUUCACCAGCCGCCUGCAAGUGUACAAGUUACUUAGUUAUGUGUUCAUCCAUAAGAGUAUGAGCUCGCUGGUGUGCAACGUUCUUAUGCUAUGGUAUUUCGGUGGUGCUAUGGAGAAGAACGUCGGAACAGUAAAGUACGCAUACCUCACUCUCCUGUUUACAGUUCUGACUGGAAUCAUCUAUACCUUCAUUGGUUCAAUGAUGUUUGGACUGCAUAACCUAAAAGAAAUUCAGGGAUUUACUACACUCGCAUUUGCCUGUGUGGGGAUGUCUGUAUUUCUGUCCCCUAUGAAGCACAUUGUCUUUAUAACAACUAUUAAAUUGAUUUACCUCCCAUUCAUUUUACUCGCCAUUGCAAUUUUCAUUCCGGGAUCAUCGAUCAUAGGCAACGUUUGUGGAUUGGGAGCAGGAAUUGCAUAUGUUUACGGUCGGCGGUUCUUUCCUUUUCUGGAUUUGCACGAGAUGACAGCUGCAUCUAUGGAAAGGAAUUUUCCUUUUACUUAUCUGAAGGAUAUACCAGGGAUCACAUUUUAUUCUGCCUUAUGGGAGGUGAGAAAUGUCGAAAUAACAGACAGGUGCAAUCCUAAACCAGGGUCCUAUCCCACACAAACCUAUUACUUUCCUCCAACCACUGAUUCCCAGCACUACCAAUAUUCAAAGGUAUAUUGGUCUGGACCUGAGCAUCAGCACAAUCCUAGUUAUGGUUUUGAAUAUGUUCCUAGACUUAAAUAUGAUGCUGGACAUGGACAGAACUAUAAUCUUGGCUCCACAUCUGGACUAGGACACAACCAUUAUGUUGGAUGCACAGCUGGGCAUGGACACAGCCCUGAUCUUGGACGCACACCUGGGCAUGGGCCCCGCCCUGAUCUUGGACGCACACCUGGGCAUGGGCACAGCCCUGAUCUUGGAUGCACACCUGGGGAAGGGCACGGUAAUGAUCUUGGAUGCACAACUCGGCAUGGGCAUAGCCAUAAUCUUACACAUAAUCCUGGACAUGCACAUACGUGUGAUCAUAAAAGUGAUUAUCAAUAUGCUGCCAAGGUUUUGUGUAAUUCACCUGGGCUCCAGCACAGUGACGAUCAGACCCCAGCUGUUAGAAAAGACCUUGAAGAUUCCUGUUCUGUGGUCAUGAACUAGGUCUUACCCUUUGGUCCUGAGUUGGAGCAGACCUCUGCAAAACGGAGAGUUCAUGCCACCAUCACGGAGUCAACACUCAAUGCCAAAGAUGCCUUUGUUUUAAAAUUAUUAUUUGAAUUUCCACUUGUCAGAUAAUAGAAAUGCAAAAUUUUCCAAAUGCUGGUUCAAGCCAAAGCGAAAGUAGAAAAGUGUGUAUUGAUUCAUAGUGAGUCAUAUCAUUGGCAUCAAAUUCAGUGCAAAAAUCUUGCUUUUUUUUCUAGAUUGCAUCUUCUGGUUAUUUUAACAGUCAUUAAUUAUUUCUUGUUUGUACCUGUAUUCUAAUUAUCACUAUUAGCACAGAUUGGAACAUUGUUUUCUGUUUGCAAAGUACCAUAAAGUUUUUAUCUUGUCUUAA